AUAAAAAAUGGACAAGAAUAGCUGCCACAUACAAUACUCAAGUAUAAAGUUCUGAUGGAAGUUAUCUUUAACAAUGCCAGAAUUAGAUGACAAUGACAGAAGUACACAUAGUCAAGAAAAAACAUCAGCUUAAAAGAACUGAAGAAUUUAGGUUUCAAAAUGUCCAGCUACAUGUAUGUGACAGCAGUAACACAACAAAGGUGGAUGCAAAAGUUACUGGGACCUUAGGGACAAGAAUCUCUGACUUUCCUAAAUAUACAAACACAGAAUUGCCAGGCAACACCAUGGCAGUAGAUAUGGAGAGUGAAGGCCAUUUCUUGAGGUAUCAUGACAGUCUACCCAGAAACGGUCACCUGAAUGCAAGUGUGUUUUUAGGGCGUGUUUCAGGAAGGAAUAAAGAUCUUUUCAAAGUGGACCUCAUUUCUGACACAGAGAGCGUUUUAAGUACAGAGUUAAAUAGGCGAGAGUAUUUUCAUAAACUAAAAGAAUUUGAAAAUGAAUUAAAGUGCCCUUCAUCAGAAUAUACAUCGAAUGACCAAGGGUCACACUUGAAAUCUGCAGAGAAUACGUGUGAAAAUUUGUGUUCGAGUGGAAAGAGACAAAAGGAAAAUUUAAUUGCAAUAAAAGAUACAGGUGUUAUUAUAAGCAAACAGCUGGAUGCAGAUGUACAGAACUGCAUCAGUGAUGACAUUGGGCAAAAUUCUAAUCCUUGCAUACCAGUAGAAACCAGAAGUCAAGGUACCAAAAAAACAUCAUUUUGUUAUCAGUACGAUGAAUUGAUUAAAACCAGAAAUACAGGUGACGAUGCAAAUUUAUUGAGUGAAUUAUCUGGUGUGAAUAAUGCAAAUGAACAUGGUGCAGUCAAUUACAUUGAUAAAACCACUGCGGUAACUUUGGAAGAUGUCAUACAUGAGUUUCUGAACUACUUCCAAUCGAGACGUCAGAGAAUGGAUUCAAACGAUGGCGUAAGGUCCGGCAUCGCAGAUGACUUUGAUGCAGUGGAUGGCUUUGGUGUUCACGGCAGACAUGAACAUGGUCAAGAAAAGAAUGACGGGAAUGGUGCUUCUGAAGGUUACCUCCACCACCACCCUUCGAUGUCGGGGCAAGCGUCUGACCUUGCUACAGCGACCAGAGAAUCACCCGACAAAGGUCAUCUGAGUGAAAGCUGCCCAUCCCCACCUCCUAGGAAACACCGAGGUCAGGGUCAAAGGUCAAGGUUACAUACUGAUGUAGGUCACGCGAACUCACCACGUGACAGUGCAGAUGAGGAGCAUGGUUUAGCAGACGGUCGUGAUGCGGGAACAUUCGAUGAUAACGUCACUGCACGGUCUCCAUCUCUGAGAAAACGGGACACAAUGAUGCGGCGGUACCAUUCGGCAAUGACCUUGCCCAGCGGGAAAUCCCAGACAAGCCUGAAAGCCCAGACGGAUAUGAACAGAAACCAUAUAUGGACUUCUAAGGAGAGCGUUUUGGCUGCAGACAAUGGCUAUUAUGAGGAAAGCACAAUAUGUCGUGUCAGUAGACAAUAUGAUCGCUCAAAGAGUGUUCCGAAUGGAGGUAGGAUUUCUCCCAAUGGUAAUGGAAAUUCAGGUGUCAAAGGGCAGAAUCUUUGUGAGGUCGACAUUGUCGGGGAAAGUUAUGAAGCCAGGUUUCCCUGGCAGCGUGACAUUUCUACUCAGUGUAACAUUCUCGGUUAUCGUGACAGCAUUAGUAGUAGCAGCUCCACAACUGAAGGAGGCUGCUCCACCGUUUCUAGCGGGAUUUACGUGGACUGCCAGAACUGUGACAGCCACCAUUCACCUGUGGUCUCAAGAAGGCAGUCAGCAGAGGCGGUCCGCCAAAGAUACAUCCCCAAUAGAAAUAGGCGGCCAAAGUCAAUGACGUGUAUCGAAACUGGGAAAAUAAAUUCAGAAAUGAACUACCAGGGCAGUGGUCAUAUGCAGAUGGAGUCUGACCCAGUUUUGAACAGGAAGCGGAUGCCGCUGAUGGUUUCCGAGGACCCUGGCUCCGUCUCUGAUCUGGAAUCCAUCUUAGAGAACCCUAGUGACAGCUUUUUUGACAUCCAUCGCACCGGAAGCCUAGACAGUAAAGCGAACAUAAACCAGUCAAACCUCAGUCGACUGAAGAUACGGACUGAGAAAUUCCGGACACGAUCUCUCUCGGCCUCAUUGAGUGAAGUUGCUUCGAACCAAGCCUUGCUUAGUGACCUAGCAGAUAACUUCUUUGGCGUUCUUCCAUCACCUAGGGUUUCACCAGAGAUGUUCAGCAACGUUCCAGACGUUGUUGUCAAUACAGAUCGCGGGGGCGACACCUCAGAGCGAAGAGCCAAUGGAAAGGUUGUGACAAGCUGGAACAGAAACUACCUGUCCGUUCCCAGAAAGACAACAAGACGACUCAGUUCAGGCAGUAUAAACAGUGGUUCAGAGGAAAGUGACCAGGAGGCCUCUGCGCCAGCAUUUGUCAGACGUGGACGCCGUUCAGCUAUAGUAGACACAAAGAAUUUUGGUGAUGUUUCACCCACGACACUGUCACCUGACCUGUCUCCUAGCAACUCAUGUGACGAGGGUGAAUCUGGCAGUAACCUAACCGGACGGAUGCGUCGCAGACGGAGUUCCUUGGGUGUUCCUAUGAACGUGUAUCCAGGGGACCUGUUGGUUCAGGAACACCACAAGAAGCUUAUCAAACGCAACACAAUCUCAGACUUCUUUGCCGGCCGUAAUGGUGCUAUAGCUAAUGAUGAGUCUAAGAAACAUCGACAGUCAUUCUCCCUUCUGAAGUUGAUGAAAACCAGAAGUAAGGAGUCGCUGCAUCUCUGUGAUGUUCUUAAGGAGCUCAAACCUUCGGAAUUUAAGGACAAUUACCUGGCAGCAUACAAGAAUGUACAUUGGACAGACCUGAUAGCGAGUACAGAUAAGCAGACGUCAGUGACGGAGUGCCUCAACAUUUCUGAGACUGAACGCAAGCGGAGAGAGUCCGUGUGGGAGCUGUUUAAGAGCGAAUGUGUCUUUCUUAUCGAUCAUUUGAUGGUUCUCAAACAUUGUUUUCUUGAGCCUCUGAAGAAGGUGCAGGUGGAAGGGUUCCUCAUGUACACAGAGCCUUCUGAGAUCUUCAGUAACCUUGAUGAACUCUGCUAUGUGAGCUACACAUUUUGUAAGGACUUUAUUGGUCACCUUUUGAAGGACAUGAGUUCCUCAGAUUUUGGCUCCACAGCGGUGCUCAUCAAGGCAUUUCAAAGAUUUUCAAAUCAUUCCAAAGAUGGCAGUGUUUACCACACGUAUUGUCUCAACUAUUCCAAUGCGCUCUCCUAUUUGGAAAAGCUGCGUAAGGUAGAUGACUUCUGUGAAUUUGAAAAGUGGUGUGAGCAGGAUGGUCGAUGUAACCGGUUGCAGCUGGUGGACCUUCUGAUAGGCCCAAUGCAGCACUGUACAAAGCUUCCCCUGCUACUGCAGAAUAUACAGAAAUACACAGAGGACCCUGUUGAGAAACAGCAGAUUGUCGACUCCAUCGAGAAAGUGGAGACCUCAUUACGUCGUCUAGAGGAAAAGAUGAUGUGGUUGAAGAACUUUGAGCGUGUUCAGGCAAUACAGCGCCACCUUGUGUGGCCUUCGAUCACAGAUCUUGACUCCCGUACCUUCAUCCCAGAGUACCUGCGUCCAAAACUGUCCCGACAGCCUUGUGAGAGGCUUCUGGCAUGCCCUUCCAGACAACUGAUCCAUGAAGGAUCAGUCACAUUGACAGAGUCCACAAAGUCUUUCGAGGCCUACAUGUUUUUGUUUGAUGACAUCCUCCUCAUCACAAAGACCAAAAAACCUAGCAGAAAAAAACAGUUCUCAUCUGAGAGCAGUUCUGGUCAAACAGACAACCAGAUGUACACGGUGCAUCGUCAGCCAAUAGCCCUUGACCGUCUUGGGAUACAUGAUGUCCCGCCACAGGAAGCUGCAGCCAAUAGUUUGAAGUUUGCGUUUGUUGUGGUCCAGAUCAGUCGAUUCCAACAAGUGAUAGACGUGUUCACGCUGCAGGCAGCUUCAGAGUCUAUCAAGGGGAUGUGGAUAUCACAGAUAUUAGAUGCCAAAAACAGCUGCUUCGCGCGAUGCCAGACUCGCACCAACUCCACAAAACCAUCCAGUGACCAGUAUUCAGGGGCCAGUAAAAAAGGACGCCAUGGGAAAUCCCUAUCUAUAGACGCAGUAUUCCUAUAGUUCAUUCACCUGCACCCAUUCUGGUCUGUUCACCAUUUCGCCCAAUCAGUGCAAAAAGGUACCAUGUGCCUUUUAAUGUCAAUGUCACAUGGUACCAACCUUUUUGCACCAAUGGGGCGAUUUUAUGUAUACAUGUUCAUGUUUUAUCUCGUCCAUCCAGAUUUGUGCUCAACUAGAUUUAGAUACCAGAAAAUAGUGAACCUUAACGUCGCAAUGUGUACAAAAUUAUUUAUGUUAAUUUUUGCUAGAGUUUAAGAUCUGACCCCCGUGUUACAAGGUACAUAAUUUUUAUAAAACAUAUUGACAUGUUUUCUGUUUUUUGAUGAAUCAAAAUAAGUUAAGGUAUGUGAUUUACUUAAAAUAUGAGUAAGACAUUGUAGAAACUAAUAAUAUUUGUUGUCCCUUUUUUCCCCACUUGCAAUUUCAUGCUAUAACUUUUUCUGUUUCAUACAGUCAUUCACUUUGGUUCUUUGUAACUACUGCUUAAAAAAUGAUCCUGUGAUAUCAUUAUUAUUACUGAUACUAUGUCCUCUUCCUAUAUAACUAGCAUAGUAAUUAGGAUGUACACUUAAAAACAAAAAUAAUAAAGAUAUGCUCAAUUAAGUUUUCAAAGGGGGACUACUGUAUUGGCAUACUGGAUAUAUAUAUACAUAGUUACCUCCCUUUAUUAUCAUAAAUUAAUUGUCAUUAUAAUGAUAAUGUUUGAUAUUCCAUAAUAUAAUAUUACAUCAACCUUGGUUAUUAUGUUGUGUACAAAGACCAUUUUGAUCACCAUAUUUUUCCAAGUAUUGUUGCGUAUUCACCGACUGCCUGUGAUCAAUAUAGAUUGUCUUUGCUAAUAUCUUGUUGUUGUUUUGUUAAUGUUUAUAUUGUGUUAUGUUUAUAUUGUUUAUACAAUUGUACAUUACUCAAAUUAAUAUAAAAUAAAUUGAACAAAAUA